UAUUUUUUUUUUUCCUUAGCCAUAUUUUUUUUCGCUGACCGUUACCCCGCACUCCGGCUAUACUUUAUAAAGUAACAUAUAGACAUUAAAAUAACUAGAGCUAUUUUGUACCCAGAAAAAAAUUUUUUCGCCAUAAAAAAAAAAAAAACUUCGCCACUUGAGCCGCCACUCAUAUCUAUUGAACAAGCUUCAUUUAUAUCUUAUAUCCCUUUUUUUUUUCUUUUAGUCUUUACUUAUUUAUAGGAUUUAAUUGACUCUUACAAUAACCUUACAAUUCUCAAUAUUCUCAAUAACUAUCAAUGCCUGUAUUCUCAAACCCCGUUAUCCCUGCAACAACGAGCACCAUCAACAAUAAUAGUUUGCCGGACAAAUGUAUGUGUGUCGAUGGAGUUUGUCGAGAUCCUUCACACAAACACUAUGCUGAACAACAAAAAAAACAACAAGAACAAUUAAGGCAACAACAACUGUUGCAAAAGAGAAAGCGACGUCUUUCUCUUACAACGGAAAUUUCAUCAGUUAGAUUAUUACCAACCACAACUUGUUCACUUUACUCCGGUUCAAAGUUCAGAGGUGAACAACGAAGUGGUAGAAGCAGCUAUGACGUCUCCGUUCAUAUUCAGCAUGUUGAUCUUUCAGAAUCAUUCUUGUGCGGAUAUCUUCAUAUUCAAGGGCUUACCGAGGACUAUCCUGAGUUGACUACAUUCUUUGAGGCGGAAAUUAUUGGCAGAAAAUAUUCAUUUCUUACCAAGAAAUGGGACGCCGAUGACAAAGUAGAUAUACAACAUUGGACUCGUUUCCCGGCUUUUCGCCCCCUUAAAAGUCAUAUGAAAAAUGACGGAUUUGUUUAUGACUUUCAUAAUAAAGAUUUCAUCUUUAUGAGAUGGAAAGAACAUUUUCUUGUACCUGAUCAUCGUGUUAGAACUAUUAAUGGUGCUAGUUUUGCUGGAUUCUAUUAUAUCUGUUACCAACUAAGUACAGGGAUGAUUACAGGAUUUUAUUUCCAUAAAAGUUCGGAGCGAUUCCAAGAAUUAAAAUUACGUCAUUGUCCGGACAAUAAUUCUUUUCCUUCAUUUGAAUUUCGAUGAAAAAAGACCAAAAUAUUAAUAAAUUAAUAAUUAUUCCUUUCUCAACUACAAGAAAAAAAAAAUAUUUUGUAUUUUAUUACAAGGUAGCAAAACAGAAAAAAAAAGAAAAAAGAAAA